UGUUUGUCGACUGAAGAUGACGCUAGUCUUGAAUCUACGGGUAUUGCUGGUCCAUUUGCAGCUGUACAAUCAGUUGUUACGCUUCCAACCUACAUGUGACUCCAGGCACUCAGUACUGUGGUUGAAUCGUAGCUGCCCCCUCAAAUAGGCUAAGAAGGUGCUCCAGUCAAUUGGAGGUGGGCAGCAAAGAUCUCCACUGUGAAAGAAUGAAAGAAGAAUUUUGGCGCCAGCACCAAGUUAACAGUUCUUACCACUGACUUUGAAGAAUGCUUGAAGAUAUAGCAUCUUUGGUAUAGAUUUCAUCUCUCAGUCCUGACUGACUUCGGGGGUUAGCUGAAGAGGAUCUGCAGUAUCUUUAUCCAGUAAAAGUGAUAUCAUCAAACUGUCUAAGCCAAACAUUGGAGAAUUCGAACUGACAGAAACCCAGAAAUUUCAGACAAUGACCAAAGUUUUGAGGUAACCAUGACAGGAGAGGCAGCAUCCGAGCUGGCUCAUGCAACCGAAAUUGAAGACAAUGAAACCGUUACUCAGAUACAGGUCCUGCACAAUGAAGAUCACAUGGAUGGUAUUCCUCCUCAAAACAAUGAAGAUUUGGAUCCUGUUAGUCAAGCCUGGUUUACAACAAAAGAAGAUAAGGAUACGCUUCAGAACAAAGGCCACAAAUGGAAGCAGGGGAUGUGGUCAAAGGAAGAAAUAGACAUUUUAAUGAGCAACAUUGAAAACUACCUACAGAUACAUGGACUAAGUGAUGCCACAGAGGUCAUAUUUGAAAUGUCAAAAGAUGAAAGAAAGGAUUUCUACCGAACCAUAGCGAGAGGUCUUAAUCGACCAUUGUUUGCAGUUUAUAGACGUGUGCUUCGGAUGUACGACAAUAGAAACCAUGUUGGAAAGUAUACACCACAGGAAAUUGAAAAACUUAAGGAGCUACGUUCUAAGCAUGGUAAUGACUGGGCAACUAUAGGGGCAGCUCUGGGAAGGAGUGCCUCUUCAGUAAAAGACCGGUGCAGGUUGAUGAAAGACACUUGCAACACAGGUAAAUGGACAAUUGACGAAGAAAAAAGACUUGCAGAAGUGGUCCAUGAAUUAACUGCCACAGAUCCCGGUGACAUUGUCACUCAGGGUGUCUCCUGGGCUGCAGUGGCUGAACGGGUGGGCACCCGUUCUGAGAAGCAAUGUCGUUCCAAGUGGCUGAAUUACCUCAAUUGGAAGCAGAGUGGAGGGACAGAAUGGAGCAAAGAUGAUGAAAUAAAUUUAAUUUUAAGAAUUGCAGAACUCAAUGCAGAAGAUGAGAGUGAGAUUAAUUGGGAUAUCAUGGCGGAAGGCUGGAGUAGUGUCCGAUCUCCCCAGUGGCUGAGAAGUAAAUGGUGGACCAUCAAGCGGCAGGUCACGAACCAUAAAGAUUUAACAUUUGCAGAAUUGGUAGACAGUUUGAGACAAUUGGUAGAGACCCUAAAGCAACCACACGUCCCAGUGCACCAAUUACCCGAGUGUCAAACUGGAACAAGUUCACGCAAUUCAAAUUCAUCCUCUGUUCAGCAUCUGCGGGUUCGAUUAGCUCAAAUGGAGGAAAACAACAGUGUCCUCAACAAUCCAGUAGCUGCUCUGCAGAUUCCUGUGCAAAUUACUCAUGUUGCAUCUAAUGAUUCCUGCGGCAGCAGUACAGAUUGUGAAACAAUAACGCUAAAUGCGGGGACUCUACAGAGAUUCGAGUUCCUACCUUCUUUCCGGUUACAGCCCACAGGCACACCAGGAACUUACCUGAUCCAGACUAGCUCAAGUCAAGGUCUUCCUAUAACACUGACAACAAGUCCAACAGUCACCCUCACCUCACCAUCCUCUCCAGAACAGAUUAUUGUGCACACACUCUCACCUGAGGCUCUUCUUCCCGGUACUAACGAAAACGUCAGUGUACAAAUGACGCAGCCGAGUGUCAUCAUCCAUGCCGUUGCCACUGAUGACAUCACUUCUUCGAUAACCCAAGCUGAAUUGACUGUUGACUCCACAAUUGACAACACAGAUUUGACAGAGAAUCAGAUUAAUUCCACCUCACUUGAAACUGAUGCCUACAGUGAGAUUGAUGAGGCAAAGUUAACUGAAGACCAAAGCACAGUUCAGACAGACCUUACUGAAACGGAAAUUUCCCAAUCAAACCUAAACUCUGAUAAUAGUGAAGAUGUGAUGGGUUCAGAUGUAAAUAUUAAUGAGUCAGAUCUCAGACAGGACGUUGAAGUGCAAUCUGAUCUAAGUGGUACUUAUGUAACUGAGGCUCUAGGUUCUCCCACUAUUGAAUCGGGCAUUGACGAAGAAACAACACUUAUUGUUUCAUCGGAUCAUGGGUUUAUUCAAGCAACAGAUGAUAUUGACAAUGACUUGGUUUUGCCAUUAACAACACUGACUGAUCCCAUUUUACAACCCCAAGGUGACUGUUCAGACAUCAUUGGCUCAUCAUUGGAAACCCCAGAUACUGAUGAUUGAAGAGAACUUAUGUAUACCUGUUGUGCUGUUUUUAAGAGUGAACAAUCCAAAAUUGUUCACCACCUAUGAAAUGUCAGUAAUUAAUGCUCUUGAUAAUUCAAUAUUUGAAUGUAUGGUGCUGCCUUUGAGACAAACUGCAUAAAAUGAAUAGAGUAGGUUUAGAAACCAUUUAAUUUCCUAUGGUGCAAGUUUACUCAGCAAAGUAAACUAGACAAUGGCACUAUGCCAGACACCAAAUUUCUAACUCAUAAGAAAACUGCAUUACCUUUCCCUUCAAAUUAAGUCAAUGUAACAGUAUUAUAUUGAGUUGAGGAACUGCUUCUAAAAUGGGAGUAAACAGCUGUUAAGUAUUUUUUAAACUAGAUGAACCAUCACCAAGAAAAGUGUUGAAAUAACAGCUAAGUUUUUUUUAAAUCCUGUAAGUCAAAGAUAUUGAACCACGUUGCACAUUCUUUGAGUAGAAAAGGGGUUUUUGAUAUGUAAUUCUUAAAAGUAAUGUGGUUAAAAUACAAGUUUCACACAUCUGUUUAACUUCACAGAAUUUCAGAAACAUGUAUACCAAUACUUUUUAGUGGUAUGGGGAAAGAGCACUCCCUCAAGGAAACUACUUUUCACUAUUGUGUAGGUGAAGUUCAUGCAUGUAUAUGCUCGUGGCCUAGACUUAAUUGAGAGAGAAAAACUUACCUACCAAAAGCAAACUUGCACUAACGUGACAAUAAAUUUGAUACUUGUCAGAAUGGAGAUCUCCAAGAAUCAAUUAGUAUUCAACUUAUUUUUGUGUACAAAUAAAAAGUGUAGACAAGUUCAGUGUAUAUAAAUUAUUUUAUUACUAUUUAUUCUUUAAAACAAAGUCAAUGCUUUCUUACAGUUGUAUUGUCUAGUAUUGGUUCACAGGCUUAGUUUGGCUAUUUUAUUGUAAAACUCCAGUAGUUAAGUGGCUGCAUAGUGCAAUUAUUUCAUUACUUAAGACAAAAUAAAAGUAUAUUUGUCCUGCAGUA